UUUGGAACAUUCAAACACAUCUGAGCACACACCAUACACCUGCGCUGCUGGGGGUGGGUAUUUUUACAGCAGCAGUUCAUAAAUGUUUGGAUGCAGAGGUCAAGCCCUUAAACUCUCUCACAGAUACCACAAUGGACAAAGGAACGAACAAACACCUGCGUAUCACCACAUAUUAUCACUUCAAAGGUGACGUGUGGAUCACAGUCUGGGAACUGCUGCUCUACAGGAAGAGAGGUGAGAAAAGCUUUGUGGUGGGCAGCGGUGACUGCAGGGUUUCAGGCUUCCCUGGUCUCAUGUGGAGAGGACAGCGCUGCGACCCUGGCACAGUGAAACCCAAAGAGCAAGGAGAAGACUUUCAAGCUUACUCCCGCUCGUUCACUUGCUUCCCCACUAAAAAGGGUCUUUAAGUGCACUAUUAAAGGGGAGGGCACUGCACAUGGUGAAUGCCACAUUCCAUACUGAGGUACUACCUGGGUGUCAUUAGCUUUUCUUUCCAGCACAAAACCAGCAUCAAUCAGGCAAUAGUAGGAGCCCAAGCAGAUUUAAAUGCAGAUAACCAAAUGACUAUGAAAUUUCUCACUGCAUAGAGCACGGGGCACUUGCAAAGUGCUGGCAAGGUCCUGUUCCACAGCAGUUAUGCUGUGAAGUUGAGAAGAUCCUUCUGGCUGGUGUCUGCCACUCUCAGGUCAAUCUUGUUACCAGAUACUGAGGCUUUUGAAGGGGGAAAUCAAAAACAUCAAAGCAGGACAGGUUUAAGUGCUCCUAAGCCAAAGGUCUUGCUCUCCAAACUGCAGCGCCCUAGAGCUCCUGCAGGUAUGUGCCAUGGACACAUUAUAUCUCAACUACAGCAACCUUCAAAGCGUGGAAAACAAUUAGUUAUUUCCAUGACCUGAAAUCAACCCUAUCAGCUCAAACUGUCAAUGAGCAGUUGGCUUCUUCCUAAGUACAGACCAGAACUAGCCCUGUGGAAAACGAGCUGUUCCUAGGAAGCCCCAGCAACACAAUGCAGCUGCCUGUAUCCGUGACACCCUCUGAGGAAACAAUUUCCACUACUGGCAGUGCAUCCCAAAGGAUGCUUCAGAGCCAGAGCUUCCACUGACCGCUUUGAACGCCGUAGCACACCACCAGAAUGAACUGUGCUGGCAAGCAAUGCUCCCAGUAUUUCCAGCUCCGCAAACUGGGCUAUAAUAAUGAUAGCUUCUGGAAUCUUAAUUAUGUGCUGGAAGAAGGACAGUCCCUCUCUCCGGAAGGAUUUCUGAAUGAAGGAACAACUCUCUUAAUCGGAAACCGUGCUCUGUCACACAGGCUGCGGGGUGAGGGGGUCCAGGAAGGUGUUGCCAAUCCCAUCUGCAAACAACCUGGCUCCAGAGCUGCAAAUUAGUUCCUCUCUACCCUCAGCUCUCCCAAACAGUUAACUUCUGGCUGUGAGACCAUCCUAUCUCCCUGCCUGCUCAACAAUACAUCUUGCUAAACAAAUGCCUCUUAAUUGACUUUGACUUUGAGCUUUUACAAAAAACAAAAGAGAGGAAAACAUUGGGCCUUAUGAAAUAAUGACUAAUCCUGGAGCUAGAGAAAGGGGAAGGGUUGGAGCACUGGUGUCAAACAGAGAUUCAAUCUUGGCUGAAAGAGCCUCAAGACACAUGGGCCAAAUCAUUCAUCCCUCCCCAAGUGCCCUCAUUUCCACACCUGCUGAUCUAAGCCAAACCCCUGCUAAAAUCCAAACAAUCAGGGCCGCUGGCAAAUGAAAACUGGAGCAUUGUCUUCCCCAUGAGGGCUCUGACAGGGUUGCACUUAAUGAGGAUAGAUUGACAGAGAGGUGGCUCCUAGGCUAUAAAAGGCAUCCCACUGUCGGAGGCAGCUCACUCUGGGGUGUGCUGCCUGUCUUCCUACUCCAAGCAUGGCCACAGCCCACCACAGGCACCCCUUGAGGCUGCGUGGCCCAUGGCUGCUGGAUGUCCUGGUGUACCUGCUGCUCUGGGGGUCUCCAGGGGCCUGGGCGAGCUACCUGAGGAGAUCCUCCAGCUGCACACCCAUCCCACCCCGCAUGGCCUUGUGCUACAACAUCGGCUACUCCGAGAUGAGGAUUCCCAACCUGCUGGAGCACGAGACCAUGCCAGAAGUGAUCCAGCAGUCCUCCAGCUGGCUGCCCUUGCUGGCCCGGGAGUGCCACCCAGACGCUAGGAUCUUCCUCUGCUCCCUCUUUGCACCAAUCUGUUUGGACAGGCUCAUCUACCCCUGCCGCAGCCUGUGUGAAGCUGUCAAGACAAGCUGCGCUCCCGUCAUGGCUUGUUAUGGGUACCCAUGGCCCGAAAUCCUCAACUGCAACAAGUUCCCUGCUGAUCACGAGCUGUGCAUCGCAGCAGUGUCCACGAAUGAAAACUCUACCAGUAGGAGAAUACCCCGAGCCAGCUGCAAGGACUGUGAGCUUGAGGAAGCCAGCAGUGCCAGGGAGAUCCUGGAAAACCUCUGUGUCAAUGAUUUUGCAGUGAAAAUACGAAUCCUGAGGAAGAACGCCACCACUACCAUCUCAGACUUCGACCUGGACACCUCCAGGGUGGAGGUCCUGAAACAUGGUCCCCUCCUCAGAACUGAAGUCCCCAGCAGGCUCCAGCAGUGGCUGGACAUAGAUGCAACCUGCGUCCACAACAUCAUGAGGGGCACACACACAGGGGUCUUCGUUGUAAGCGGUGAAGUGCAGAGUGACAAAGUGGUGGUGAACAAGGCCUAUGCCUGGCAGAAGAAGAACAGGAACCUGCACCAGGCAGUGCGGAGGUGGAAACACCACCGCUGCCCUGAACAGGCUGGCAGAAAGGUCUGAAUUCCAGCAAUAAGAAACU